AACAUUCGAUCGAUCAAGAGUCAUUCAUAUGAUUUAUUAUCUUAUACGUUGAUUAGCUUGCCAGAGUUUUAUCUGGUACUUCUGGUAAAUAUGUUUUUCCAGUGAGAGUGGAGGCUAUGGGCAGGUGUUUAGAAGUCUGUUUUUUUAUUUAUAUAACGCAUCUGGUCGAAUCAACCUUGAAUUUAUCCGUUAUCUGUAAUCCAACAUUCCAAACGUGUAAAUUAUCUCGGCUGUCAAAUCGAUCCGGUUACUAACUAUCUAGCUAGCUUUUUGUGUCUUCAGUUUAAGAUUUUAAUCAAUAUUUUAUUCGAAAACAUUGUUACUUGUAACGAUGUAAGCUUGAACAGCUCCUGUCCCAGCAGUGGCCAUCGGCACAAUGGGGCUGGACUUUGACGUGAAGACUUUCUGCCACAACCUCCGAGCCACCAAGCCCCCUUACGAGUGCCCCGUGGAGACCUGUCGCAAGGUCUACAAGAGCUACAGCGGCAUCGAGUACCACCUCUACCACUACGACCAUGACAACCCCAUGCCCGCACAGGGCAUGCCCCAGAAGAAGAGGAAGGGGCGCCCCCCUCGGGUGUCCCUGGUGGGGACCGGGGACGGGGAGGGAGGGGUGGGAAAGGGAUGUGGGCCAGGGCAGGGAGGGAACACCCCUGGGAGUCCUAACCAGUCAGAGCACUCCCACUCCCCAGGCAGAGAGACAAUGACAUAUGCCCAGGCCCAGCGCAUGGUGGAGCUGGAGAUCCAUGGACGCAUCCACCGCAUCAGCAUCUUUGAGAACAUUGACGUCGUGUCGGAGGACGACAGCGGGGCAGAGGACCCUCCGUCCUCGGGCGGAAGUGGGGGAGGGGCGUGUAAUGGGGGUGACAGCGGGGGAGGAGGGAGUGAGGUGGGGGGCAACGGCAAGGACAGGCCAGAUACCCCUGCUGCUAACGGGGGUAAGGCCACACCCAAGUCUGGGAAGCACAAGAGUAAAGAGAAAAAGAAGGAGGGAUCGUCGCACCACCACAGCACUUCCUCUGGCCCGGCGGUCAAACUGCCUGAGGUGGUGUACAGAGAGCUUGACCAGGAGAGGCCCGACGCUCCCACACGACACACAUCCUACUACAGGUACAUAGAUAAGUCGGUGGAGGAGCUGGAUGAGGAGGUGGAGUAUGACAUUGAUGAGGAGGACUAUAUCUGGCUGGACAUCAUGAAUGACAAGCGGCGUAGUGACGGGGUGACGCCCAUCCCCCAGGAAGUGUUUGAGUACCUCAUGGACCGGCUGGAGAAGGAGUCCUACUUCGAGAGCCACAACAAGACGGACCCCAGCGCCCUGAUCGACGAGGACGCCGUCUGCUGCAUCUGUAACGACGGCGAGUGUCAGAACAGCAACGUGAUCCUGUUCUGUGACAUGUGUAACCUGGCCGUGCACCAGGAGUGUUACGGCGUGCCCUACAUCCCUGAGGGCCAGUGGCUGUGUCGCCGCUGCCUCCAGUCCCCCAGCCGCGCCGUCGACUGUGCCCUCUGCCCCAACAAGGGUGGGGCCUUUAAACAGACGGACGACGCACGCUGGGCCCACGUGGUGUGUGCACUCUGGAUCCCCGAGGUGUGUUUUGCCAACACAGUCUUCCUGGAGCCCAUCGACAGCAUCGAGCACAUCCCCCCGGCGCGCUGGAAGCUCACCUGCUACAUCUGCAAGCAGCGCGGCUCAGGGGCCUGCAUCCAGUGCCACAAGGCCAACUGCUACACAGCCUUCCACGUCACCUGUGCCCAGCAGGCCGGCCUCUACAUGAAGAUGGAGCCCGUCAGGGAGACCGGCGCCAACGGCACCUCAUUCAGCGUCCGCAAGACCGCCUACUGCGACAUCCACACCCCGCCCGGCUUAGCACGCCCCCUCGGGGGGGUGGGAGGGACUAGCAUGGGCUCCUCCCACAGUGAAGGCGAGCUGGAGGAAGACGAUGAGCCCAGUAUAGGUCACGAUGACGACACCAAGGGCUGGAGCUCAGAGCGGGCCAAGAGGGCCAAGGCCAAGUCCAGACUGAAGAUGAAGAGAGCUAGGAAGAUACUGGCUGAGAAGAGGAACGCCGCGCCCGUGGUGUCUGUGCCAUGUAUACCCCCACACAGGCUCAGUAAGAUCACCAGUAACCUGACAGUGCCCAGGAAGAGCCAGUUUAUGCAGCGACUGCACAGUUACUGGACCCUGAAGAGGCAGAGCCGGAAUGGCGUCCCUCUGCUGCGCCGGCUCCAGACCCACCUGCAGUCACAGCGCAACACGGAGCAGCUACAGCCGCAGCCGCAGGCGCCACAGUCACAGGUUCCCACGGUAACCACCACACAGGCUCUGUCUGGUGUUGUUAUCACAGCGAAGGACAGUGAGGAGAAUAACUUGGCUCUGAAGGAGCAGCUGAAGGCAUGGCAGAGACUGAGACAUGACCUGGAGAGAGCCAGACUACUGGUGGAGCUCAUCCGCAAGAGAGAGAAGCUCAAAAGGGAGACGAUCAAGGUGCAGCAGAUGGCGCUAGAGAUGCAGCUGACUCCCUUCUUGGUCCUGCUGAGGAACACACUGGAACAGCUCCAGGACAGAGACACCAGCAACUUCUUCACUGAGCCUGUCCCCCUGGCCGAGGUGCCAGACUACCUGGACCACAUCGAGAGGCCAAUGGACUUCCAGACCAUGUGGAACCUACUAGAGGCUCACUGCUACCUCAGCUUCGAAUCCUUUGAGGCAGACUUCGGCCUCAUCGUCAACAAUUGCCUCAAAUACAACGCCAAGGACACAGUGUUCUACCGUGCUGCUCUGCGCCUCCGGGAGAUGGGUGGGGCCGUGAUCAGGACCGCUCGCAGACAGGCCGAGCGAAUCGGCUUGGACUAUGACACAGGUAUGCACCUCCCUCGAGAGCCCAGCCCGGACAGCCAGCGUGACAGAGAGAGAGACCGAGAGAGGGAGAGAGAGAGGGACAGGGACCGAGAACGAGAACGAGAGAGGGACCGAGACGGAGACAGGCCGCUGUCUUCCAAUGAGGAGGACCUGCUCUUACCAGAGAACCGGCGGCGGCUGCCAUUGGAGGAGCAGCUGUGUUUCCUGCAGGCGCGCUUUGAUGAGGUCAACUCGGGGAAGCACAGCAUUGGUCAGUCGCGGCGUGCCAAAGCCCUGAGGAAGGAGAUGACUGUCAUCAAGAGGAAACUUGCCCACCAGAGAGAGGGUGGCUCGGGCAUGGGGGGCAGGGAUUCAGGGGGCGGGGGGGACAGGGGACCAUCCCUCCCCCAUCACCCCUCCUCCACGGGACGCCACGACGAGGGGGAAGAGAGCAGCAGUCAGGAGAUCAGUGGCAAGGAUCUAAAUGCAUCAUCCUCAGCUCUAGCUCCAGAGGUGGGACGUCGUACCUCUGUCCUUUUCUCCAAGAAGAACCCCAAAAUGGCCGGACCCCCCAAGAGGCCGGGCCGUCCCCCUAAGAACAGAGACACGGGACACAGAGGGGCAGGGGUGAGCCCCAGUCCAAUAGGUCCCCCUCAGCUGGCCCUCUUGUCACCCCCUCGGCAGAGGAAGAGACCCCACAGCAGCUCCAGCUCCGAGAGCGACAGUGACAUCGACGACCUCCUCCCGAGCCUGCCCACUAACGGUUUUGGCGGGGCCAACCAGCCGGUGACGGAGAGUUUUCGGGUGUACAGAAACGAGAGGAGCCUCCCUCGAUCCAGCUCUGACUCUGAAUCCACCACUAGCAGCAGCAGUAGUGCUGCCUCUGACAGAACCAGUACCACUCCGUCUAAGCAGGGCCGGGGGAAGCAGUCGUUCUCUCGUUCGGCCUUCCAGGAGGACAGCAGUGAGGAGACAUCAGGGACAGAGAACGACUCCUACUCUGUGGGAGGGUCACGCAGCGUCUCACACUUAGGGUGGGGCCGGGGCCGAUCAGGUUGUAGGACGCCAUCAGAUGACUACUCUUCCCUUGACGCUCUGGACCUGGUGUGGGCCAAAUGUAGAGGCUAUCCUUCAUAUCCUGCUCUGAUCAUAGAUCCUAAGAUGCCCAGGGAGGGGGUAUUCCACAGAGGGGUUCCUAUCCCCGUGCCCCCCCUGGACGUCCUGAAGUUGGGGGAGCAGAUGACCCAAGAGGCCCGGGAACACCUCUUCCUGGUACUCUUUUUCGACAACAAGAGAACCUGGCAGUGGCUGCCGCGUUCUAAGCUGGUUCCUCUGGGGGUGGACCGGGAGCUGGACAAGGAGAAAAUGCUGGAGGGAAGGAAGUCCAACAUCCGCAAGUCAGUGCAGGUGGCCUACCACCGUGCCAUGCAGCACCGCAACAAGGUCCAGGGAGACCCCAGUAGCGACACCAGCGACAGCGACUGAGCACACGCACCCACAUGCACAGGAUGCACACACAGGCUGCACACUCCCGCAGAUAUGCCGAACACACACACAUAGACAGACACACAAACCCACACGUCUUUGCUGGCCAACCCCUCGUAUUGAUAGGGUAUUGGUUUCAGAUCUGUGGCCUUGGAGAGCCUAGCACCCAGCACAUAGGAGAAUAUGCCAGUAGUACCUAUUGGAAAGCACAUGCAACACCCUCUCUCCAACACACACACACACAUUGUUGGCACACACAGUGGUAUUUAAUCUGAGAUGUAAAAUAUGUAUUUAAGAGAAUUGAAACAAAAAGGGUAUUAAGAAAAAAUUUUAUUCCCGGCAUCAUGAUUGAGAAUUGUCCUUGCAUAUGGUUGAUAUGAGUGUUUACCAGCGACUGAAGAACAUGGUCUGCAGAAGGUCGUAUAACACAAAUAUGCACAUACACACACAUAUACAUUCAAACAGGGAAAUGCAUAUACACACACAAAGCUCUUCUCACAGGAAAAUAUGCACACACACACAUCCACACACCACAUGGUGUGCACUUAUGUUUCCACAGUAUCACUGGUCCAACACCCCCUCUACGCAACUCCCCCUGCAGCCCCCUCGGAUCCCCGUGUCCAAUCAUGGCUUAGUGGAGCACGGGGUCGGACGGUAUUGGGCAAUCGACUGUGAGCAAAGCAGCUUCCUCUGUUAUUUAUUCCGUCUCCCAAGGACCUCCAGUCUUCUUCUAUCUAGUCUGAUGGACCGUCUCCACAACAUUGCAUUUUGCAGUCAUUUCCUCUACUCUUCUGUAUGUGUUUAUUUGGUCUGUUUGUACUAUUCUGGCCGCUGGUGAAUAAUGAAGACUAAUGUAAAUGUGAUGAGAAACACACGCCAGCCUCACUGUCUGUUCUAGUCUCGGGCCAAUGGCUUUAGAAUUUUUAUAUAUACAGAUUACAUAAAAUAGAAAUUUAAUAAAAUAAUUGAGUUUUGUA